GGCUCUCCUCGGGCUGGGCAUCUCCUCUUUCAUCCUGGUCUCCGGCUGUGCCAAUAUGGUUCUCAUGGCUGCUCUCUGGGUCCUCUACACAUCCCUGGUCAACGUGGGGCAGAUCUGGAUGGGAGUCCCAGCUUCUGGAGACGGGCUUCCUGGGGAUUUUCCUGUGCCCUCUCUGGACUCUGUCUCCAUUGCCCAGGGGGACCCCCACGUCCCGGAUUGUCCUGUGGGGCUAUCGGUGGCUGAUUUUCAGAAUCAUGCUCGGAGCGGGCCUGAUCAAGAUCCGGGGGGACCAGUGCUGGCGGGACCUCACCUGCAUGGACUUCCACUACGAGACGCAGCCGGUGCCCAACCCCGUGGCCUACUUCCUGCACCACUCCCCAUGGUGGUUCCACCGCUUCGAGACCCUCAGCAACCACUUCCUGGAGCUCGUGGUGCCCUUCUUCGUCUUCCUCGGACGGCAGAUGUGCAUCCUCCACGGGGCCCUACAGAUCCUGUUCCAGAUGGUCCUCAUCAUCAGCGGGAAUCUGAGCUUCCUGAACUGGCUGACCAUCGUGCCCAGCCUCGCCUGCUUCGAUGACGCCACUCUGGGCUUCCUGUUUCCCUCGGGGCCCGGCUGCCUCAAGGACCAAGUCCUGAGGAUGCAGGAAGAGGAAGCUCGAGGGGCCAGGGCCCCACGGACACGCGGCAGCGUGGCACGGCACACGGUCAACCUGGCGCUGGGCGUCCUGGUCGCCUGGCUCAGCGUCCCCGUGGUCCUCAACUUGCUGAGCCCCCGGCAGGUCAUGAACAGCUCCUUCAACCCUCUCCGGAUCGUCAACACAUAUGGGGCCUUCGGCAGCAUCACCAAGGAGCGCACAGAGGUCAUCCUGCAGGGCACCGCCAGCCCCAAUGCCAGCGCGCCAGACGCCAAGUGGGAGGACUACGAGUUCAAGUGCAAGCCCGGUGACCUGAGGCGGCGGCCAUGCCUCAUCUCCCCGUACCACCACCGCCUGGACUGGCUUAUGUGGUUCGCCGCCUUCCAGACCUACGAGCACAACGAGUGGAUCAUCCACCUGGCGGGCAAGCUCCUGGCCAACGACGCCCAGGCCCUAUCCCUGCUGGCCCUUAACCCCUUCGCAGGCAGGGCACCCCCCAGGUGGGUCCGGGGAGAGCACUACAGGUACAAGUUCAGCCGCCCCGGGGGCACGCACGCUGCUGAGGGCAAGUGGUGGAUCCGGAAGAGGCUCGGCCCCUACUUCCCCCCGCUCAGCUUCCAGGACCUGAAGGGCUACUUCAGGUCACGGGAGUGGCCGUACCCCAAACCCGAAUAGAGGUGGCCCAGGGCUUGUGCCCCAAGAAAUAAAGUGGGAAGACUG